GACUCUUGGCGCUGCUCGACCAGCCCUCGCGCACAUGUCUCGUUGCCGCCGAGGACACUCAAUUAAUAAUAAUCGCAUUACGCGUUACGACGAGUCCUUCGUGUUUUCUCAUUUAAAUCAAAUUGAUUUUCAUCUCUUGAAGUUUUACAAUAUUUGUGCGUAUUUUCGUUUUGAUGUGAUGCGACAAUCUUUUGGAUACGAAAAAAUCGUUUUUGGAUUUCAACAAAUGUGCUUGCGGAUAAUAAGAAGUAAUCAACGGUAAUGUUAAAGUGGACAGUUAUCGGUCAACGGGGAGUUGGAGGUGGUUGGAGACAAACGACUGAUGAAUCAGCGUGCUGCUCUGAUAAACCUAAACGAAGAAGGCCGUCCAGAGUAUCAGACAAGCAAGACAAGGAAAACUCGGGAUGUGUGGAUGUAACACCCGUCAAGACAUGUCGCCGCCGACGUCGAGAAAGUCUAAGAGACUUAAGCAAUCACAAUAGUCCGGUGGUAGCGUCGCCUUCCAAGAGGACUAAGAGCCCUUGCGUCGAAACCCACUGGAUGCCUACCGUACAAAAAAGGCGAUCCGGUGAUGACAUAUGGGCGGACAAUGUGAAGCGCAAGAAACCAUGCACAACGGACCAUGUGAUCAACCUUGGCAGUACACCAGCGUCAGCAGACGGACACUUAUGUGUGUCUAUGUCUCCGACUGAAGAACCUGUACAAUUGUUGCAUAAAGACUUACCGCGAUUGCCGCAACGACCCGCUGACGACCUUUGUGCGUCUAGGCUCAUCGAUCAGUUUGUUGAUCAAAUUCGUAUGGAAGACUGUACGUUUAUUGAUGAUGCUGCACGAGAUAGAUUAAGUAUUGUAUCACCUUUGGCUAAAAGAUUAGCGGAAAUUCGGCUGCGUAAGUCGUCACCGUUGAAACGAAAGUGGUCUGACAGUCACGUACCACCAUGCAAGCGACCAAAUUUGGGUGCUUUAACACUACCUGACAGUUUGCCCAGCCCAUUUACCCCACACUCCGUUGUACCACCUAGCCCUAUUACGCCUUGUAGAAGAGAUCCAGACGAGUCCGACGAUUACUGGAAAACUCCUGUAGGACCUGUAAUCAUUGCCGGGGAUAGUUUGUCCACGACGUCAUCAAAAACCGUUGAAGAUGACAUCAUUUGCUGUGACCCUAAAAGCCCAACAAUGUUAGAUGAAACUUUUACCCUGAAGUCUAGGAGAUGUCUGUCAUUUGUGUCUCCUGUGUCAGAUUCGCCAGCUAAAAGAAAAAACAGAAGAUCAAUUAAAAAGAACUCUGAUAAAGCUUCCGGUCUUGAAGUUUCUAUUAGCUUAAAAGACUCUACUCACUUAAACGUACAAUUAAAGCGAGGCAGGAAUUUAGUUUGCUCUGACGGGGAACCUCCCAAUACAUAUAUUAAAGUUUAUCUUGUACCCGGCAAAGGAACUUGUCAUAGAACUCGAGUUCGACAUUAUUCGUCUAAUCCUAGAUUUGACGAGUCGUUUUCCGUACCACUCUCCGAAGAAGACACUGAUAAAAGAAUACUAAUAUCGGCGUGGCAUCGAAACUUAACAAAAAGGAGAAGCGAAUUCCUGGGCUACAUGUCGUUUGCAGUGAAAAACAUAAUGAAAAAGGAAGUAAACGGCACGUUUAAAUUGGUCCCUCAGAGUCCAGGACGAAUGCCUCCACACUCUACGCCAGCUCAACGACCACAAGAUUUAACAGUUAUAAGAGCUGUGCAGUGCUCUGAAGACGAGGAAGACAUCAUGAUCGAUGAUGAUCCAACACCUAGUAAUUAUAACUCAGUGUCAAUAAAAAGCAAAAGCAAUCAAAAAGUAUCAAAGAAAGAAACGCCUAUUUCUAAAACUAGUAAUGAAGAAAAUAAGUUUUUACAAUACUUAGAAUUGGACCCUCCUUUGACGUCUAGAGAUGGUCGAUGUGGGCGAACACCAUUCACUGUAACCAAACGAUUAACGAAAUCACCAGGUUCAAGUUUUGGAUUUUCCAUAGCGUGGACGCACCCGCCAAGAGUGGAGCGAGUGGAGUGUGGAUUACCUGCUGAUCAAGCCGAUUUGAAACCAGGCGACUAUGUGGUGUUCAUCAAUAAAACCAAUGUAGUCAUGAUGUCUGAAGAUGAUAUUAUGGAUUUGAUAAAAUCCUGUGGUAAUCAGCUAUUCUUAGAAGUUUAUAAUAAAACUUCAACGACAAACCGCAAAAAUCAACCUCCUCCCCGAUCAACAUCCACUCCAGGUGUACUUAACUUGGCUGCAUCCGCUGUUUCGCAAAGUGACACGACUAUGUCCUUACAAGAGCCACCGAGGAGAAGGUUUCACAUACCUCAAGUGACAUUUACAUCUGAGAAUCUUUUGGAAAACACUGAUUUACAACUAAAAUGGAUUCAUCAGCUCCUGACAGCCGAACAACAACUAGUACUGUGUUUACAGUUCGGUAUUGGUAGAUAUUUGUUACCGUUGGCUGAAAGAAAAGACGUGCUCAAGCCCAAAGAACACACUAUUCUUUUUCAAAACGUACAAGAAUUAUUACGUAUCACCGAAGAUACGUUAGAGCGUAUUAUCGAUAACGACUGGAAACAGCUUGCACGAAACAUGUGCAAAGUUUAUGUCAACAAAAUCGAUCAAAUUAAUACGGCUUAUUACAAAUAUUGCAAGGGUAUCAUCAGAGCGGAUAGUUUACUGGUAGAAAAGUCCCAGAAUACAAAUUUUCUGAAUCUCAUCAAAGAUCCGCCUAUACCAGAACGUCGACCCGACUUGAUCACAUUUCUGCACAAACCAUUAGAACACUACCGCAACAUUUUGAAGUGCAUGCAGCUGAUCCAGAUCAACUCGGAAAAUAACCAAGAUGAUUUUGAAGCUUUAUCACAUAUUGUCCACGAGAUGCAGGCGACUUAUCGAUUCAUUACUGUCGAAUCCGGCCUUAUGGAACCAGACGUGGAUGGUAAGCCGUUAUUGUCGCUCAACGAUCUAGAGACUAGACUAGUGUUUACUCGAUGCAAGCCUUUCAUAUUGAACGUACCCGAUCGUCAAUGGAUUUUCGCCGGUGAUCUGAGUAGAGUCGAAGGACGUUCAGUUCGCUCUUACUGGGCGCUGUUAUUUUCUGAUAUAUUAAUGUUCACAAAAGUCAGUAGGGACCGUGUUCUUUUUGUUACCGACGACCCGUUACCUCUUUCAUCAAUUUCUCAAACUCAGUUUUCUGUUAAAAAGAAAGAUGCAGAAUUUAGAUUGGUCAUCAAUAGCAAUGUACCCGUUGAAUCUCCACAUCAUAACCACCCAGCAAUGACUGGAUGUAGUCCGUUGUUUGCUGAUUUGUCUGGUACUCUCUCUAGGCUGCCCAGCAAAAUUAAAGGCAGAGUUAUUGUACUUCGAGCACCAAAACCAGAAUUGAAGGCUGUUUGGCAAAAUUUAAUUCAACGUCAAAUUUUGGCAUUAAACAAAAGCAGUAUAUUGCCAACAAACAACAAAUGCAACAAUACAUCAUUAGCAACGCUGGACUCUCCUGACGAUCUGUUGGCCAAUUCGUUAGCCACCCUAGACGAUGGGGUUAGCACCGACAGAUUAAAGUCGUUGGCAGUGUCAUUGUUGAUAGAUGAAAAAUGUCUCCGACUGAGCAAAACGACAUGCAACAAAGCCAAAGCAUUGCACAUAUCUCAAUGGAUAAAGGGUGAACUCAAAAGUGCUGCUGAGGACGAACCUGAGUGUGACGUAGCCGGUUCGGAAAAUGAACUAGACGAUUUCGAAUGUUGGACAGAAGAACAAAUGAAUAUAAAAAAAGCAGAAAUUCAACGUAGAAUAAGAAGUCGUGACGAAUGUGAAGAAGAAUUCGUGUCAACAGAAACAUUUUCAAUAGUCAGCAGCCCUGAUGACAGUCAAAAAACUGUCGUUCCGAUAAACGUAUGUGAUAAGUGUCAAAAACCUUGUGACAAUAAUAAUGACAAUCGUUAUUCAGACACAUUCUUAGAUUUCAAUGAAAAGCUUAUACCAAAAGAUUGUAUUUCCAAUUCAUCAUUGAAUACUUGUAAACAGUUAGAUAUCGACAGAAACAAUAACGGAUCAGACAAAAAAAAUCAGCAAAAACUUCUUCAAGAACAUCAAUACUAUUUUCAGCCACAGACUGCUUUCCAACCUCUAGAAAUUUUGUCUGACAAAUACGUUAAUCAAAAUAUUUCAACAGAUAGCUUAGACAAAGCAGAGUAUUGUUCGACAACUGAUUACCGUCAGUCAGAAGAUUUUUGUCCAAUAACUAAUUGUUGUUUACCAGUAAAAGACGAUAAAUAUAGUUACGAUGCAUCUAGCGAAGAAUUCUGGGGCACUCCAAAUAGCAGUACGACUUCACCAUUGUCAGCAGAGAUGGAUUCCAACGAAAAAUUCCAUAAUAGUUCUCAUUACAUUCCAAUAGAAUCGAGAGUUAUUUCAAAAAUUAACAAGAGACCGUCAUGUUUAGAAUUGUUAAAUGAUGAAUUGGAUUCAUCUGAUAACACGCCUUCGUAUGAAUACAAAAAGAUAUCCUAUGGCGAGGGAAAAACUUUAUUAAAUCCUAAAUCUAGAUCACUGUCAUUAAACAGAAAAAAUAUUUCAGAAAAGCAAUCUGGAAAAAAUAUUUUUAACAAAUGGAAACUAUCUAAGAUAACUAGAAAAAGAUCUAACGUCGAAGUUAAGUCAAGCUCAAGUUAUGUUCGAAAAAGAAAUGCAAAUAAAAUCAGAAAAAUGUAAUCAAGACAAAGAGAUCAAAUUAAAUUUUAUAGAAAGUAUAUAUUUGAUGAUAUUUGGUUAAAUCAUAUUAAUGAAAUGUGAAAUUCAAACAAUGGUAUUACAUUACCUUGCCUAUCUAGAUUAAUUAAUAUUUUUUUUAUUAUAUUUAUCUCAUAGAUACUUAUAAAUGGUUGUAUUCGACUACUUUAAUAGACUGAUUUUACUUUAAGUUGCUCUGCUACACAACAGUUAUGUACAAAAACAGUACCUUGUAUACCAUUUAAAUAUUUUAUUUUUCAUUAAUACAAAAAAAUUGCAUUUAUAUAAAGUAUUACAAAUUUGUAUAAUAUUGUCAAAUUACCAUAAUAACUGUUAAUAUUUUAAAAUUUGUUUAAUCUAUGGUA